AUGCAUUUUGGACUGAAAGAAGAAACUUCGACGGCUAUACGUGUCCUCUGUCUUGAAUCACAAAUUAACAUCGACUUCGCUUUCGUUCCUGUUCCACGUUGUUGCAUUACGCGAUCAUUCAACGAGUGUGAAGGUACCCCUUUCCUCCAGGCUUUGGACAAUUAUGCAGACGCACCCGUUGUGCAGAAGCGUAGCUGGAAAGGAUGCAAAAAAUCACGAAAAACACAUGCAUUUGGUGAUGCCGUCCCGGAUUUACUUGCUGCUGCUCCGCCAAAGUCAACUAUUAGCAGCAGUUGCUCCAAUGGAUUUGUUGGAUCAGAUCUACGAGUGCUGAAUUCAGCGCCGUCCACCAACACAUCGGAUCGUAGCCGACUGACGUCAACUACAGAUCGUUCCUCGUUGGCGCAACAAAAUAAACAGUCACCGUUACAAUGCAAGAAUUCGUCAAACGAGAAACUCCAAAGAGCGCGAUUUUCUAUGAUUGAUGCUAGUGUUGUUGGAUCUCCAACAGCGCUGAAACAAGGCAGGCCGGUUGGAAAGGGCCGAGCAGAGCAGGCUUUGGCUAACGCUGGAGCGUUUGUUAAGGGAAUAGACUACGACAUAGGAUGGAAGGCUGAUGGCUCGCCCGAUAUGAAUUAUGGGGGAAAGGCGAGUGCGCUGGCAGGAGUUCCGGAUCACCCGGGCGCUGCAACGUCCAACGAGUUCACUCACCAUUAUCGACAGUCAAGCGAUUCAAUCGAUAGAAGUGAUUUGUUCAGCGGAGACAAGACAAAUAAUAAUGAUGAUAAUUACUCGGAGCACAUCAUGCCAAUCAAAAUAACACCCGAAGCAAAGAAAAUCCUCGAAAAGAACGCCCAGUUGUUCGUCAGAAACGAUGAAUUGAUCUCAGACGACUCCGAUAAGAUUUUUUCGAAGAAAGAGACAACUGAAAAUUCAUUGCAGCAGUGCAAUGUAGCUCCUGGUACGGCUGCGCAAAUAAGCACUCCGCAGCAAACUCCGCUGGGUUAUCUUCCGCUCAAAAGGAACACGGACUAUGGUUCAACAAUUAGCUCGUUAACGCAGAGUUCAAAUGUGAAGACUGAAAUUAGCGACAUUGACUUCAGCUGGGUGAACGAUGUCGAAAAUCGUCUCGAACGCGAAAUUGCUUUUGUUAAAGAAGAUUUCCGGCAACAGCAGCAACAACAAGUGCCAGUGCGUUAUUUUGGCAUGGACUUGGAGCAUUCCAAAAACAGUAAUGGUGAGGUGUCAAUUGUGCCAUCAGUGGAAACCACAAUGAAAUCGUUUGAAGUAUUUGGUGAGUGCGAGGCCCGCAAGGAACUCAGCAAAAUACAUUCCGAUGUUCGCUCCAAAGCAGCAAUGUUUGACAUGGAAGCAUUCCGGAAUGAACGAAAGUUCGACGAUAUGCAGGCAGCGUCUCGUUAUCGUUCACGAUCAACAGCACGCACUAAUAUAUACAUACCUCAACCAGAUUAUCAAAGAAGUGAUCAGUUCUCCGUGGAUACUACGCAAAAUCCGAGCCCAUAUUUUAGUGUGUCUACUAGUGUUAGGCCUACCGUAUCCGCGUACACAUCGGAACGACGUUCACAUCACUGCGCCGAAAUGAGCGGACGUGAUGAUCACCAUACUGAUAAGAGUGUUUAUAGCGAUGCAGCGACAACGCGCCUGUAUUCCGAUCCUAGAAUCGAAGUAUUACAGCGAAAUCGAGCGCACAAUGACACUGAAUCCUAUAUGCAGAAUGCAACGCAAUGCAAUGCCGAGAAGCCGUGGAAAGCAUCCAUUGCUUACUGA